ACGCCCCGGCCCCGGCGCACGGUGCACCAGGCUAGGUUAGCCCGCAGCUGCUACAUCCGGGCGCUCCGCUCGGUUUACAAGCCCUGCGAAAAUGGCGACUUCAGGGAGGAGUGCAUUAUUAUCCUCCACCUCCACUGGACCUAAGAGCACGCUGGAGAGCUCCAACGCAGAUGAGGAGGACGGGCAGAAUUUGUGGUCCACCAUCCUGAGUGAAGUGUCAACCCAUUCAAGAUCCAAGCUACCGUCCGGGAAAAAUGUCCUGGUCAUGGGAGAGGUGGGCUCAGGAAAGACCACCUUGGUUGCAAAACUACAAGGGGUUGAAGAAUAUAUGAAGGGGCGCGGCUUGGAAUACCUAUACUUCAGUGUGCAUGACGACGAUAUUGAUGACCACACGAGGUGUAACGCUUGGGUGCUGGAUGGAGACCUUUACCACAAAGGUCUGCAGGGCGUGGCUGUACCAGUGGACUCCAUAAGCAACACACUAGUCCUGAUAACGGUUGACAUGGCCCGGCCGUGGAAUGCCUUGGAUUCCCUCCAGAAGUGGGCCGCCGUUGCCAGGGAACACAUCGACAAACUCCGGGUCCCCCCGGAAACGCUACGGGAGCUGGAGCAGAAGCUUGUAAAGCAGUUCCAGGAGUACACAGAGCCAGGCAGUGCAGAGGAUGGAACCCCACAGAGAAGGAGCGAAGAGGAGGAGAGCGUGCUGCUGCCAUUGGGAGACAACACACUCACACAUAACCUGGGCAUACCAGUGGUGGUGGUCUGCACCAAGUGUGACGCCAUUAGCACAUUGGAGAAGGAGCAUGACUACAGAGACGAGCACCUGGACUUCAUCCAGUCCCACAUCAGACGCUUCUGCCUGCAGUACGGGGCAUCUCUGAUUUACACGUCGGUGAAGGAGAUGAAAAACCUGGACAUUCUGUACAAAUACCUGGUUCACAGACUCUAUGGUUUUCCAUUCCACUGCCCGGCACAAGUAGUGGAAAGAGACGCCGUAUUCAUUCCAUCAGGUUGGGACAAUGACAAAAAGAUUGCCAUACUACAUGAGAACUUCCAGACGGUAAAAGCCGAGGACAGCUUUGAGGACGUAAUAGUCAAACCACCAGUCAGAAAGAUUGUACAUGAAAAGGAGAUUCAGGCAGAAGAUGACCAAGUGUUUCUAGUCAAACUGCAGUCACUGCUUGCCAAACAGCCUGCUGCGACAGCAGGACGACCAGUGGACACCACAAGCAGAGCACCCACCGGCUCCCCCAGGACCAGUAAUCGCUCUGCAGCUGCCAACGUAGCAAACGCCAUGCCACAGUCGGGUCAGACCAGUGAGGGUGUGUUGGCCAACUUCUUCAAUAGUCUACUGACUAAAAAGGCAGGAACAGGGGGCCCGGGGACGCCAGGCGGUGGCAACAACACCCCAGGGACCGUACGCAAGUCAGGUUCCAAACUGGGUCUGAGCGACGUACAGGCGGAGUUGGACCGCAUUUCCAGCCGUGAGACUGACUCUGACUUGUCCAAUGCCAAUGACACGCCUGCCACUGACGGACAGGACACAUGAAGACCAACACACUUUCGCCCUGCUCUCAUUUCUCCCCGCCUCAACCUCAGUCAUCCGCUACCUCCCCUAUCCCUCCUCCCCUCACAAUCUCCCUACACUUCAUCACAAAGACGGAAGUGGGGGGGAAGCAGGGUCGGACACUUCUUUCCUCCCUACCGUUUCUCACUCUCCUGAAGGAGAGGAACUCGCCCUCCUUUCCCUACGCCUUCUUCCAUGCCUCGUUUUCCUUCCCCCUCCUCUCUCUUCUCUUCCUGGCUGUUAUGCUGUGGGCGAGUAUUUGUCACUGUUACAUGCACGGCUGUCUGUUACACGAGCGUAAACGGUUUUGAGGAACCACUGGGGGUGAGAGGUGGGUCGAAAAAGAAUAAUUUCAAGGAUGAAAAUGAGGAUGUUUAACCCAUCCAUUUAUUGUGAUGGUACAGUUAGUGUUUUUUACUGUAGGAAAUUCUGAGGGGUGUAAGAAACUGCACUUAGAUGCUAUAGAGAUGAUUGUGUGAUUGGGUUAGUGUACUGUGGUCAUGCUUGGCCAAAGGGAAGAGACUGAGAACAAAAAAAUGCCUGAAACAACACUGCAUACAUCCUUUUGGUUUUUUUUUUUUUGUUUUUUUGUUUUUUUAAGAUGGAGGGACAAACAUUAUCAGUAUUUGUGUGAUUGAGAGCGUGCGUGAUGCCGAUAUAGAAAAUUAAGGACGUUACUUUCACCUAGACCUGUGUGUCGAGACAUUUUGGCUGUUUGCAUCUCAACCAAAACAUUAUGCUCUUACACUACAAGCUCUUAACACUGCAUAUGCUACUAUUAUAGCAGCUCUGUCUGCUACACUACAUGAACCAAAACCUGAUGAAAUUAUACAACAAAAUCUGAUUUUACACUCAAGCACCAGUCCUGGUUAGAAGACACCUAAGGUUCUUUAGAGCAUCGUUUCACAAUUGGCCAAACCUCCCUUUGUGGUUUAUACUGCUCAAACCUCAAGGUGACAGACAGACAGACACUGAAAAGGUAGUGCGGUAGUUGGUGGGCGAGCAGCCGAGCUUUAUUUGUACAGAAACAAGCACUAGUGAUACAGUUCAAUAGUUACUGCUGGCAGGGUGGUGGGCGGGCAUGGGGUUCAGAACAUGGGAGGGUCACAACAAGAAUGUACAGUCAUUGUCUCGCUGAUUGGUCCUGUUAUUUCAGAGCUCUGUGUUGGCGUUUGUAUAAUCAGAUCUGUUAAAUCAGUCAAAUAAAAGGUGUAUUUAUUGGGAUUCAUCCA